AUGUUUGGAGCUCUAAAUCGAUUUAUUGGGCGUCUGGAUUCCGAUCCUGUCCAGCACCCUCGAUCGCCUGCCACCAACGACAGCGCAUUUGGCUUCCAAGUACUCCGCAACAAGGACUCCGAGCUCCCCCUAGAGCCAUGGUUUGAUUUCAUCGUCGGCAUCAAUGGGCGCCUGAUAGAUGAUCCCGACCCAAAUCUAUUCGCGACUGAGGUGCGCAACUGCGCCGGUUCAAGUGUAACGUUUGAGAUCUGGAGUGCCAAAGGUCAACGGACGCAUACGGUUUCUAUUCCCGUAACACCUUCUAACCCUACACUGGGCCUUGCCCUCCAGCUGGCACCUCUUUCGUCUACGCAGCAUAUCUGGCAUAUCCUGAACAUCCCAUCCCCGCUGAGUCCGGCAUACCGGGCCGGACUGCUGCCACACUCGGACUACAUUAUCGGGACUCCGAGUGGAACGUUACGAGGCGAGUCCGCGCUGGGCGAAUUGGUGGAGGACCACCUGGACCGCACGCUGGUGCUGUGGGUGUACAACAGCGAAUUCGAUGUCGCACGUGAGGUAGAACUGGUGCCUACCCGGGGCUGGGGCGGGGAGGGUGCACUGGGUGCUGAGCUGGGAUACGGCGCUCUACAUCGGCUGCCCGUGGGGUUGGGCGAAGAAGUCGAGGGGCCCGGCGAGGUGGUCUUCGAGACGCGAGAGGACGGCACCUCAACUCCUGUCCCGGCUCAUUUGGGCGCGGCGCAGAGCGUGGGAACAGCCGCGCCGCCUGUUGGGGGCCAAUUCCUCGUCCCUGCCAACAUUUCUACGCCGCCUCCUUUGGGGCCCCAGCCCGGCACUCUGCCUCCCAUGGGACACGCGCACUCCGGACCACGUCGGGGCAAGGCCCGACCUGCGGGGGUAUCGCCCAGCCGGGCCUUUGACGACUACUUUGCCGAAGGGGAACAGAAAAGUAAGGAGCAGGAUCUCGCCCCGUCUCGCAAAUCCACGCCGCUGCCUCCUCCGCCCAAGGCUGGCAUGCGAUCUCCCCCGACCGCGGAACAACCAGCCGGGCCAUAG